UGAGAAAUGGUCGCGUUCCAGCACGUCGUGGUGGAUUAUCAGGGGGGACUCUGUGAGUCCACGAAUGUGUCAGUCACGAAGGUGUCAGUGUUCGACGUGAUCUUGGAAUCGCUGUGCGACGCUGAAUAGAGGACUGGUCCGUGAGAGAGAAAGGAGAUUUCGCGGAUUUUUUUCUCGCCCUUCACCUCGUCGGGAUAGUUCGCGUCACAAACAGCCGUCCGUUUUUUCGUUCUACCGGCGUUUGCGUUUCCGUCUUCUGAGCAAUUUUACGAGCGGGCGUCAUUCGAUUUGGGUAACGCAUUGGAGGAAAACCAGAGCGUGUCGGAAACAUGACACUGUGGCCGAGUGUCUCGUUCUCUCGAAGUUGCAACCUCAAGGGGGUUCUCGUACGGAGGAUACCGAUCCUGGCAUGGCUGCCUCUGUACAGUUGGACCAAACUUCUGCAGGACACUUUGGCGGGGUUGACAGUGGGUCUGACCGCGAUACCGCAGGGCAUAGCGUAUGCAAUAGUGGCUGGACUUCCGGCUCAGUACGGCCUGUACAGCGGUUUCAUGGGAUGCUUCGUUUAUCUGAUCUUCGGCAGUAGCAAGGACGUCACGGUGGGCCCUACCGCGAUAAUGGCUUUAUUGACGCAACAGCACGUUACGAAACUGGGCAAGGAUUUCGCCGUGCUCUUAUGCUUCUUAUCGGGCGCUUUGAUAACGGCCAUGGGACUGCUUCAUCUGGGAUUUCUUGUGGAUUUCAUUAGUAUGCCCGUAAUUUGCGGUUUCAGUAACGCCGCGGCCGUUAUUAUCGCUACUUCCCAAUUGGGUACUUUGUUGGGCAUAAAAGGUCGUAGCGAUUCCUUUAUCGAUGCUAUCUCGCAAAUUAUCAAGCACGGGAACGAAACAAAACUUUGGGACACGCUGUUAGGAGUGUGCUCAAUGACAGUACUAGUUCUUCUCAAGAAACUGCCCGGCAAGAAGUUGGGAACUCCUCUAGAGAAAUUUAUGUGGCUGGUUUGUAUAGCCAGAAACGCAAUAGUCGUGAUGGUAGGCAUUCUCAUAGCGUACGUGCUAUUCUCUCACGACAUCAAGCCUUUCCAAAUUACGGGCAACAUAACUGAGGGUUUGCCGCCGGUCUCGUUGCCUCCGUUCACCAUCGUAAACGGAAAUCAUACGUACACCUUCUUCGAGUUGGUCAGCGAACUCGGCAGCAGUAUCGUUUCUGUGCCACUCAUCGCCAUCUUAGAGAGCAUCGCAAUCGCGAAGGCAUUCGCGAAAGGGAAGACGCUCGACGCCAAUCAGGAGAUGUUGGCGCUGGGUCUUUGCAAUAUUUUCGGUAGUCUCGUCAAGUCAAUGCCUGUCACCGGAAGUUUCACCCGUACGGCCAUUAACAACGCCUCCGGCGUUAAAACGCCGAUGGGCGGUUUGUUCACCGGCGCUUUGGUGCUCUUAGCAUGCGGCCUGUUGACGUCCACCUUUGCGUUCAUCCCCAAAGCCACGUUAGCGGCCGUCAUCAUAAUCGCUAUGUACUACAUGUUCGAGGUGCAAAUCUUCAUCGUUCUUUGGAGAACGAAAAAAAUCGAUCUGGUGCCGUUGACGGUGACGUUAUUAUGUUGCUUGGCGGUCGGUCUGGAGUACGGUAUGAUCGCUGGGGUUGCGGUAAAUCUAAUUCUCUUACUCUACUUCGCGGCCCGGCCCGGUCUAUUGAUCGAAGAGCGGAUCGUCGAUGGCUUGACCGUGCUCUACGUAUCGCCCAAGCAAUCCCUGAGCUACCCGGCAGCGGAGUACCUCCGAGAGCGAGUAAUGUCGUGGUGCGACAAGAAGUCAGGAAACUUACCAGUGGUUGUGGAGGGCCGUCACGUGCUGAGGAUUGAUGCUACGGUAGCGAAGAACCUGACGCUGCUGUUGACGGAUCUGGCGGCGAGAGAUCAGAAGCUCGUCUUUUGGAACUGGUGCGAAGACGCCAUGCAGACUUUGGUAUGUUACGAGCCGUCCCUCGCGACGUACUGCAGGUCGUCCAGCAACAUGGCGCAGAUAUUCUCAGGCGACACCGUGAUAUGCUGAUCGAGGAGUUACUGCCGACGGAGUUACUGCCACGACGUGCCUUCCCGUCACGUUCUCUAGGAUAAAUUACUUAGGCGCCGUUUUAUUCGGAUUUUUUUAGUCACCACGAUAAUAUAUAUGUAUGACCUAACGCUAAAAUACGUAAUGAUAUUAAAUGCGAGUCUCCAAAGUGAUGUCAGGGACUAUCGUUUUUCUCUUUGUGCAUUCACGACGAUCCUCUCGUGCACUCAAUAGCCGAGUUUAUGCACACGUGAGCUCGCACGAGCGAUAAUGUGUUCGAUCAGGAAAUAUGUAAAUUGUUGACGAUAUUAUUUUUAUCGUUAGAAAAGGGGGAGACGAGAGAGACGGGUCACAUCAACCAGGUUGUUGCCCUUUAUUUUUAUCGCGUUCCUUUGUAGGACGACGAGCUAUCUUUUUCUAGGGCAAUCGAGGCUACGCCGAGAUGAUCAAUGUGAAAUUUCAAACGAGAACUUCGCCAACACGUCUACUAUUUCAAUUUACCGAAAAGUACCGGUUACUGGUAUGGAUUACCGCGGAAAUAGAAUAUUUUGCGCGUUUAUCUUUACAUUGCUGCUAUCGUUCGCAUUAAUACUCGACUACGAUAUGCUUAAUGCACGAAAUAAAAGUGUACCUUCUCUUUCCCAUUUGCAGAGAGAUACGUGUCUUAAAUUCACGUCCGAAGCCGAGUACCGUAGCUUUGUUUUUGUUAGCGGAGCUUUUCUCGUUUUUAUGGCAUGCUAAAACUUUCAUGACUCGUUCGUUAAAUAGGGAAGUUUUUCGAGCGUAUGGAAAUGAACGGGUGGUAAUGUAUAUACAGUGUAAUCUACGAUUUGCAUUAAACUCAUCCGCGGCCAAAA